GAUAUAACUAAGGAGAGAAGUCGAGCAGCAGCAUUGAAUCGAACGCCUGCAUGAUAUUUUCUUUGGUAUCUGCAUGCUCUGCAUUUGGUAUGACACUCCGUACAUAUUCUGCGUUCUUUGUUCUCGAAGCAGGACGAGCACUUGAAGAACGAGAAGACAACCAAAGCUCUUUAUAUAACGUUAUUUCUCUAAUAAUACCCGCUCCCACUGCCGAAUAAAGUCAAGGAAACGCAGAAAAAAAAAAAAAAAGGAAAAAAGAAAAAAGAAAACGAAAACGAAUAUAUCCACCAUGAAAGAAGCUUUUGCAUCUCUUUCUGGCGACAAAGUCAAGGUCUCCAUCAAGGAUUCUCCAAUUCCUCACCCCAAUGACUCCCAGCUGGUCAUCCGCGUGGUGGCUACAGGCUUGAAUCCAAAAGAUUGGAAAUUCUUGAGCGAUAAGCCGACAAACCAGGGAGACGAUGUUGCCGGCUACGUGCACGCCGUGGGCAGUAAGGUGACUGAGUUCAAGCCCGGAGACAGGGUGGCUGCAUUUCAUCAGAUAUUGGCUCCCCAUGGAGGGUAUGCGGAGUACGCAGUGGUAUGGGCGCACACGACAUUUCAUCUACCAAAGGAGGUUUCGUUCGAAGAAGCCGCAACAAUCCCCCUAGCCGCCAUGACCGCUGCCCUUGGUCUUUAUCAGGACCUCGCCCUCCCGGUCCCCUGGAAUCCAGCUCGCACCCGCACCCCUCUGAUCGUUUACGGCGGCGCCUCCACUGUCGGCUCCUUCGUCAUCAAACUCGCCAAGCUCUCCAACAUCCAUCCCAUCAUAACCGUCGCAGGCAAGGGUAUCCCGCAAGUCGAGGCUCUCCUCGACAAAUCCAAAGGCGACAUUGUAAUCGACUACCGCACCGGCGAUAAGGCUGUCGUGACUGCAUUCACUAAGGCUCUGGGCGGUAAAAAGAUCGAAUACGCGUUUGACGCGACGAGCGAGCAUAACAGCUACGUGAACAUUGGGCAUGUGCUGGAUCCAGAGAAGGGGAAGAUUGUGGUGGUGCAGCCAGGGAUGGAGUACAAUAUGCCCGUUGAUGUGAAGCCGAGUCCUGUGUAUGUAGCUACUGUGCAUGAGGAUGGGAAUGUGUUUCAGCCUAUGGAGAAAGUAGGCCCAAUCGGGGAUAAGGAGUUUGGGCUGGUGUUUUUUAGGUUCUUUGGGCAUGGAUUGGCGCAGGGUUGGUUUAGAGGUCAUCAAUAUCGGUUGGUGGAGAAGGGGUUGGAGGGCCUUGAGAAUGCGUUAAAUAAUUUGAAGGAGGGUAAAGUAAGUGGUUUCAAGUACGUGAUCAGGAUCGCUGACACGCCUGAUUUGGGAGAAUAGGGGGGGAAAAAAAAAAGAAAAGAAGAAAAGAAAAAGCCUUGAACAGAUUAGGGAGGCAGGUUUGAACAUGUAGCGGUGGAUUGUCAUCUUGACAAUAUGAAGAAUCAUUAUGAACACGCUGGAUAACGAACCAUGCACAUAUGACAAGGGACACAGGCACACAAAAUGUCUCUCAAAGAUAACUCCAGGUUGCUUUUUCCCAACCAGACAAAUAUUAAAAGGGGGCUUUUGCAGGCUGUAAAAAGAGACUGACCUUCACCCAACGCCCAAUUGGAUCCAUGCUCCUCUCCAUGAAUUUGAAAAACAAAAUUCAUCCUUCAUCAAAAGCAUAUUUUUCAAUAUUAUGCGCCGAUGUCCAUCCGGCUAUCAUCCCCAGCGGUUUUCCCUCUUCGAGCACCCAGCGCCAUGCCCUCAUCCCCAAUAUCAUCAUCGUCAUCGUCAUCGUCGUCUUCUUCUUUAUCCUCGAUGAAUUGAGUUUCCAUCCCAAUUCUUUUUAGCCUCUCCUUCAUCUCAUCCCUCUUUCUAUCCUGCCACCUCGCCAAUGCAGCACUGGCAUGAACCCGGAAUCCAAAUACUUUGGGCUCGUAUCGCCGCAGGGACUUCUCCGGUAUUAAACACGGGUAAACCUGAAAGAGUAUAUUGUGAAAGGAAGUUCCAAAAUAGGCACCGUCGAUGGAAGCAUGGCGGGACGACUUGGGGUUGUAUAAAUCCUCGCACUUGGCGCAGUAUAGCUUAACCGGCUUCACGCCAGCAACGUCGGUGAGGCCCAUUGGGAGAAGCGGGUGUUGCUCACACAUAACUCGUGGGCAUUUCCCGAAGUCUGCUCUUUUAUAUUUCUCUAGC